AUGUCGGGAGACCUGAAGGCAUCAGAUGCCAAAGUCAUAUCGACUGAACCAUUGAUGAUCAAAGAUGCCCGCUGGACAAAGCUCGUCUUGACAACAUAUACCGAUCCAUUGGGUAAACGGCGAACCUGGGAGUCUGCCGAACGCUCUACACGGCCUAAAAACUCUCCGAUUGAUGGAGUUGGCAUUGUAGCUAUCCUACAAAAGCCAUCAGGCCCUGAACUCCUAUUGCAAAAGCAGUUUCGUCCUCCUAUCAAUAAAGUGGUUAUUGAAGUGCCCGCAGGCCUUGUCGAUGAAGGAGAAACUGCAGAGGAGAGUGCGGUUCGGGAGUUGAGGGAGGAGACCGGGUAUGUUGGAAUCGCGGCGGAGGUCUCACCCGUUAUGUUCAACGACCCUGGGUUUUGCAAUACGAACUUGAAUAUGGUCCAUGUCAAUGUCGAUAUGUCGCUACAAGAAAAUCAAAAUCUUAAGCCCGAGCUGGAAGAGAACGAGUUCAUCGAAGUCUUCUCGACCCCACUGAAGACGUUAUAUGCCGAAUGCAAACGUCUAGAGGCAGAGGGUUACGCCAUAGAUGCAAGGGUGGGAACGCUUGCUGAAGGUAUUGAGGUUGCGAGGAGAUGGAAGCUACAGUGA